UACAUUAUAUGUAUAUAAUGUAGAAAUAAUACCGUAUAAAAAGCCAUUUGUAGCAACAUGGGCCAGACUAGAAACACUAAAUUUGGGUCGUUGCAAAUUGCCAAUUGAACUGCCAGACUGUCCUGAGCUCAAACACUUAAAUAUAUAUAUUCCCAUAUGUUACGAAGAUUACGGCUACAAAUUCAUUCUCAAAAACGGUAGAAAUCUCGAAACAUUGUAUGAAGAAUUCGAACCACCAAUCAAUGCCGAUAGCUUCCUCGAACUACUUCGGGGCUGCCCAAAAUUGCGAAGUUUUUAUACAAAGAUGGAAUUUAUAAAACUCUAUUCGGGCUAUGUGUCUACUAUUUUGGAGAUUCUUAAGGAUAAUGGAGUUACCCAAGAGAAUCCAUCCGAAUUGGUUAUAUGUAGACGGAUUAAGUGGAAAUGGUUCCGGGGAUUACUUCUUCGGGCCCCUAAUGCCGGGUUGAUCGAUCUGUAUGAGGGUACUGACUAGCAUAUAAAAAUAAAUACUGUAAGCCCAAUUGAAGUGCAACGAUAUAAAUAAGUACAGAUAUUUUAAUCAUUCAACGGACACUUUUUCGGCAAAGAACGAGAAGGAAAAGACACGAAAAAAAUAAGGAUGGAUUUCAUCGCAGCUCUCAGUUCGCAUUUCGCUCUCGAGGGAAAAGCUUGGAAUGGAAGACGAACGGACGAUAACUGAUUUGCCGGUCGAAGUCCUCGAUCUGAUUUUCGCUUACUUAUAUCUACCAAAUAAAGUAGGCUUGGCCGCAGCUCAUGAAAAGCUGGGAAAAGCUUUUGCGUUUCACAGCCGGAAUCAGUUCAAAAAACUAACCUAUGACUAUAGGUUAAGAACUGAGUCUUGGUUGGUUGUUAUACGGGAAUGUGGACCGAAAAUUGAAGAAUUUGAUUGCUGUGGAGGUGGAUUGUGUUGGAACGACUCUAUAGCUCAGGCCAUUACAGAAUAUUGUUGCAAUCUUGAAUCAGUAAAAAUCUUGGUAACUACGAGAAACAGAGAAAGUGUUAACGAUUUCCUACUUAAAAUGAAAAACUCCCUGAUGUCUGUCAAAUUAAAACAGCAUGAAAGUAGCUCUGUAAUAACUUUAAACUCUGUAAUGGAACUGCCCAACUUAAAGAAAUUAGCAAUUAACGGCGAUCUUCAUGAAAACGUUUACAACAUAGGGAAACUGAGUGGCCUAGAGAGGCUGACAAUAGAAUACAAGUAUUAUUAUACAUACCCUACAAUUAACAUCAUCACUCUUUGUGACUCACUAUGCAAUCUUCGCGCCUUGAAAUUGAAGAGAAUAACAUUAACUCUACCAGAAGAGGCCCCUACUAGAAUCUGGUACAACUUGGAAUCCCUUAAGCUGUUUCAGUGUGUUUUCCCCACUGAAUUGCCCGACUGUCCUAAACUAAAAUAUUUGGACUUAUACUACAACAAAUGCACAGAUAAAGACCAAAUUCUGAAAUUUAUUGUCAAAAAUGGAAAAAAUAUUGACACGAUGUACGAAAAGUGCAGUCCAACAACAUUUGACGCCGAUGGACUUCUGCAACUGUUACGGAACUGCCCAAAAUUGCGGUUUUUAUUUACCCGGUUGGAAGAUAUAAAACUAUAUCUGGGCUAUGUUUCUUCAAUGGUGGAAAUUCUAAGGGAAAAUGGGGUAACGCGGGAGGAUCCAUUACAACUGGUUGUUUGUAGGCGUAUUAAGUGGAAAUGGAUUCGACGACUAAUUCCUCGAACUUCUUAUCCUGAGUUGAUCGAUUUAAGAUAUUUCAAUGACGGUGCUGACGGUUCUUAAUCAAAGUUAAAAAAUAGAUAUUUACAGUGAAUUUUUAAAAAUUGAGAUUGCAAAUAUGAAAGUAAGUCAUAAUACUUUUUUGAAAUUUAACCUUAUUUAAUUUGUAUUUUGUAAGUAAAUAAAUUGAUCUAUAAAUCUGAUAAAGAACAUGUUGUUUUUGGAAAUGCUUUCGUGAAUUAUAGAAGCAAGAAAUCUUAUAAUUAUUUGAAUAUUUAUGAUGAAAUACAUUGUAAAUUGUUUUG